AUGCUCGAACUUCUGAAGCCCUCCCUCCCCGGCGCCGCCCGGGCACUGGCCGACAUGGCGCGCUUUCGCCUCCAGGUCGCGCUGACGCCCUCGGCCCGGCAGCCGGCGUUGCUGGCCCAGCGCUUCAUGACGCCCACGCGCCGCGACAAGCCCGUCAGUGCGUCCGCCGUGAUGGCCGAUCUGCAACGGUUUGCGCCGGACUGGGCCUCGCGCCUGGCGGUGCAGGGCGACCUGCCGUCGCGCGUGGAGUCGCUGUUCGAGCGGAUGCACACCGAGACGCUCGCCACGCCCGCCCGCGACGGCGCCGAGCGCCUGCAGCUCUACCGUUGGACGCCUCCCCGGGGCAAGGCCACGCCGGCGCGUCAUGCGCUGCUGAGCCACGGUUGGGAGAGUUACGCGCUGAGCUAUGCGCUGGUCAUCGAGCGGCUGCUGGCGCUGGGCUACACCGUGCAUGCGAUGGACCAUGCCGCUCACGGUGCCAGCGAGGGCCGCGUGUCGGGCCUGCCCCGGUUUGCCGAAGCGGUGCGAGACGUCACGCAGCAUCUGGCCGGGCAAGGCAUUGGCAUCGAACUCGGUGUCGGGCAUUCGCUGGGCGGCGGGGCGUGGCUGAUGGCCUGCACGCGCCUCGGCGUGACGCCGCAGCGCCUGCUGCUGCUGGCGCCGUUCAUCGACACGCCGGAGCUGCUGGACGCCUGGCUCAAGCUGCACGGCCUGAGCAGCCGCCAUCGCCCGGACAUGCAACAGGCCAUGCAGGCAUUGCACGGACCUUCGCCGAUGGACUUUCCGGACAUGGCCAUCGAGACCCUCGCCCGCCGCCUCACCGUGCCCACGACGAUCGUGCAGGACCCGGCCGACUUCAUCGCGCCGAUGAAGCAUUCGCGGCGCUUGGCGAAAGCGUCGGCCCAGGUGCGCUGUGUGCCGGCCGCCGGGGCCGGGCAUGUCGGUGUGCUCUCCCACCCGACGGUGCUGGACGCGCUGGUGCCGGAGCGGGUGGCGGCCUGA